GAUGGCAGGAGGGAUGCUCCUGCGAUCUCCGAAGGAGGGAGGGAGACUAGCAUUUGUGGGUUCCCGGAACGUGGUCCUGUCCAGUUGCACCAGGCAGAGGAAAAAUCCCGUGGGUCCUAAGUGGUUUAAAUACUACUUGGGGAAACGGGGUGUCUGAAGGAGGCAGGCACUGCCGGAAUCUCUCCAUCCCUAUCCUGUGCAUAGGUUUCAUGACACGUGGGGCAUGCUCCGAGGGCGCCGGGCUGAGUUCCUCUCUCUGGCCGAUCGCAGCCGAAUGAGCUUGGCUCCUCCAGAGGCGACACGGCAUCGCUGAGUCACAAUCCACUGAGUCAGCACUCUGGGACCUCUGCGUCAACGGGGUCACCGCACGCGGUGGACUCUUUCGUAUCUGAGUCAGAGAGCAUUGGGAAGCAUUCGGUCCUGCGCAGCUGAGUUCAAAGCGUUUUGCAGGGCGCAUUGCACACAAGUCUCUGGCUGUUUUUACAACGUGUGUUUUCCGCACAGCGAGGGAGAGCGUCGUUACGGCUGCAGCCGUUUGCUUGCUAAAUGUAUUUACUGCACCGUUUAGGGCAAAAAACAAACAAACCCUCACAAAGCUGCUUCACGGCAUUUAAUAAAUAUACUAUUACAAAAGCUUGCCACUUGAGUGCUGUCGUGUUCCCACACUCAAAAAAGAAACUUCCAAAUUUAUUUCCUUCUGAUAAAAGUUAACUCUGGUGCGCUUCUGCAAUGGUGGUACAGGCUGCUGCAUGCUGCUGCUGCUUUUGUAGGAGUUGCUCAAACUUCCACUCAGGCUAUCUAAGCCGCAAUGUUUCUCUAGAUCUCCUGAGCUGAAGCUAAGCCAGACUUAUUACGCUGGCAGCAGUGACAGUAGUAGCAGCAGCCGCCCUGGCCGGUUGUAUCUCAUCCAACUCUCCAAGGUCAACCCAAAGCAACCUUUUAAUGGGGCCAUAAACCAGGAGGGAUGCUGACCCUUGUCUCCUGUGUCGGCAGAGUGGUGGUCCUCUUGGCGGCUGUUUCGGUGACCACGUCCAUCAUGAUGUCAGGAGAAUGGGGAGAAGAAGGGGUGACGUAUGCCCAGCUGGGGAAAGAUGUGAUCCUGACGUGUGCUGGAGCGAGUCCCGGCUCCUCGGUGGAAUGGCGGUGGAACGGAGGCACCAUCCUCCCGGAAGACUCAGCAAUACAGGCAGGGCAGCUUCUCCUGUCCCACACCCAGCUCUCCUCCAAAGGGGUCUUCAGCUGCCACGACACCAGCGGGGUCCUCCUCAGCUCCACCGUGCUCCGUCUCGGACGCCUGCCAGGGAGGCCCUCCAUCUUAUGCACGGCGUCCAACUACGUGAACGUUUCCUGCUUCUGGGAUUCCACUGUCGAGACCUUCCUGCCCACCAGAUACAUCACCUCCUACAGGAGUGGGUCCGUGAAUGCUGAAGCCGAUAAGCAAAGGUCUCCGCAGGGGCCCUGCAUCCAGGAUCCUGCCAAACCGUUCUCAUGCACCAUCCACGAUUCCAUGUUCUGGAAGGGCUUAUGGGUCAACGUGACGGAGGUGAAUCCGCUGGGCUCCAACUUUCGCCUCCUGAACAUCGUCAUGCAAGGGAUAAUCAAGCCGGACCCUCCGGAGCACCUUCAGGUGGAGCCAGUGCCUUCAGCACCCAGCCGGCUGCAGGUGAGCUGGGAGUACCCUUCCAGCUGGACCAUGGCGUCUCACUUUGAGCUCAAGUUCCGCCUGCGAUAUCGACCUGUCACCUCCACUUCCUGGUCCAUGGUGGAGACGGUCAAUGUGUCCGAGGUGAUAACGGACGCCUUGCUGGGCUUGCUUCAUGUGGUCCAGGUGAGCGCAAAGGACUUCAUGGAUGCUGGGAGCUGGAGCGAGUGGACCCCUGAAGCGUGGGCCACGCCUGCCACUGGACAAACUUUGGUACCCAGCGAAACAGCCACUGCAGCCAUCAAGCCAGAAAGCCCAGCGGAGGAGCCUUCUCUGGCCCCCAACAACGGGCCCAUUGGCCACAGCGACCCCACGGAGAAGGUGGCGGUUCUGGUGUCGCUGGGCGUCUUUGCCUUCUUCGUCCUGGCGGUGAUUCUGGUCUUCGCCUUUCUGAUGUGGGUCCGAAUGAAGAAGCACAGCAAAGAGGCCACGAAAAACCACGACCUCCUUGCCGCUGCCAUCCACAUGAAGGCCUUGCCCAAAGCUCAGAUCUUGUAGCAAGGACCUCUCCCCCCUCCCCACUGGCAGCAGGGACCCCCCCCCCACGCCAACAAGAGGGACAUCAACACCACUGACCUCGCCAGUUGCAGCUACAUCAUAUUGACUCUGGGGGUGGGGGUGCAUUGCGGGUGCCCCUCUGCUGACCCCCCCAUCACCAUGGAAGGACUCUCUUGGGAAAGAAGCUCAUCAACAGGACCUUUUGGGGUGGCGUAUUAGCCCUGGGGGGCACCCCUGCUGGCUGAGCACCAGCCCCCCACCCCCAAGACGACCUCUUCUCCCUCUGUUUCCACAUGGACUGAAUGCUGUUUUGGGACUGACCGGCAGCCUCUGGACAGCUAAGGAGGAGGAGAAUGUUGAGGUUUCCGUGCCCACUGAGCCUGGCAGAGGGCACCAGCGCCAGUAGGUGUUGGCCAGUUCAGCUUGGGGCAAAGGGACCACACACACACCCCGAGUCCGGUGCCCCCGCCACCCGUAAGGAGCCAGAGCGUGACUCUUGGGACAGGGGGGGCAUUUGGGGUACGCUGCCCUUCCCUCCACGGUUGCCCUGAGUCAAAGGCAACAUCGCUUAUGGGACCUGCUUCCCUGGAGCCCAGGCAGAGCAUGGCAGGGGUGUGGGUGUAGGUGUGGCAUCUGCAGGGCAUGGAGGAUUGGGGGUGGGAUCCUGCACCCCGUUCCAGGAAGGGAUCAUCAACCAGGAGGAGACUUCAGGGGGCGAGGCGAUGGCAAAAGCCUCCCCAGGAACCACAAAGGCAAGGAACAAGGAUGGCAGAGAUGUGGAAUUGGGGGCUUUCAAUAUGUCACUCCUGGGUUCCCAGCUCCCAGCAGCCCCAGUUAGGAUAAUGGGAGCUGGAAGCCAGAAACAUUUGGAGGGUCCCCAGCCCUGAAGGUGGGCGGCCGUGUGUGUGUGUGUGUGUGUGUGUGUGUCCGUGUGCACACUUGUAAACUUGUACAGAUGCAGCUACUCUCAGUGUUCAAAACCUGGAACUGAACUCUCUUCGUUGCAAUGAAUAUUUAGCAUACAGUGGAACCUCAGUUUAUGAACACCUCAGUUUACGAAUUUUCGGUUUACGAACUCCGCGGACCCAUCUGGAACGGAUUAAUUCACUUUCCAUUACUUUCAAUGGGAAAGUUCGCUUCAGUUUAUGAACGCUUCAGUUUAUGAACAGACUUCAGGAACCAAUUGUGUUCAUAAACCGAGGUACCACUGUAUAUAGAUGGGAGGACAUUACAUUCUGCUUGUAUCAGUUCAACUCAACUUCGGGGCAAAGCAAGCAGGAUGCUAGCAUUGCAUUGCACCCAAAGAAGAGUUUGGCACACGGCCAGCGUGCUGGAAAUGCGAGGAGGCUGGGCUCACUAAGCUUCCACGCUCUGGCAUUCAGAGGCAGCUCCUUGUGGGAUUCCUGCACAUUGCAGGGGGUUGAACGAGACGACCCUUGGGGUCCCAGCCAGCUCUACAAUGCUAUGAAUCUCUGCAAGUGGGCCAGUGCAAGGGCGGGAAGGAUUCUGGGCUUUGUUUAUUGUGCGUGCAGAGGGCAAACCACACCCUGAGCACCCUGUGGGUGCGGAUUCAGCCAUGAUCGUAACACAAAAGCUGGGAAAUACCUUGUUAGGGGUGCGUUGGUUUUUUGAGGGGGUGUUAAGAAAAAGGAGCAUGUUUCUCACUCUUGAUGACCAAGAUCAGCAUGUGGGGAACACCUGUUAGGACUUCAGAAGGUGGAGGCCCUGGAGGGGGAGGGGGCUGGGAGUGGGAUUUGUAGCUCUUUUUCUUUCCCCCUCCCCGCCAUGCCAGCCUGCCCCCCUUCUAAUCCCUAGGACCCCCCCCCCCCAAUAGCCCCUCUGUGCUUUGGACUUGGAGGACAGAAGAGCCUUCAAAUGGGAUCAGAUCAAAGGGUCCCAUCUAGUCCAGUAUCCCCUUCCAACGGUGGCCACUGAGGGGCCCAAAUGGGAAGCCCCCCCCCCCAAGCAGGACCCAAAGGUAACCCCACUCUCUCCACUGGCUGUUCCCAGUGACUAAGAAUUGUGCCGGCUCCGUGGCUGGUAGCCAAGGGAAUCUGUGCCUCCCCCUAAGCCUUUUUCAAAGCUAUCCAAGUUGGUGCCCCCCCCCCGUCCCUCUUCUGGGAAAAGGGGGGGGCUGCUUGAGGGUUCACACCUACACAGAGAGAGAGACACAUGCAUUCUUCACACAAUUAAUAUAGAGAUCAGGAGGCAGCUGAGGUGGGGGGAGAGCUUUCCUGUUGGGAUUCUUGGAGAUACAAGCAGUAGGAGGGAUUGGCGAGUUGGACGGGACCCCCAAGGGUCCUCUAGUCCAACCCUCUGAAAUGCAGGAACCACAACUAAAGUAUCUCUGACAGAUGGCCAUCCUGCAAGUCAACAGGGGGAGAGCAGAAGGCUUUCCUCUCUGCAACUCAGUGACUUCCACACUGCCCCCCCCCCAAGGUGGCCAAGGGCUUCUUCCGCAUGCAAGCAUUGGGAGUGCAUUCCCACAAAGACUCAGGAUCGACAGAAAGGUCUCCUUGCAGAGCAUCUUGCUACAAACUGCGGUGGCGUCUAUGGGCUUUAGCGCAAGACUGGUGGAGAUGGUCGGCCUCCAGGCACCCCUGGAACGCAACUCUCAUCAGUCCUGGCCAUCAGUUAGGCUGGUUGGGGCUGAUAGGAAUUGGAGUCCAGCACAGGAGGAGGGGUCUAGUGGUGGCUGUCAGCCACGGUACCUUCAAUAGAACCUCAAGCUUCAGAGGCAGUCUACUUCAGAACACGAGUGUUGGGAAUGGAGGUGCUGUGGCCCUCGCACUCUACUUGUGGGAUUCCCGGAAGCACCUGGCUGGCUGCAGAGGGAGACAAGAUGCUCGCUGAGAUGGAUCCUGGCCUCAAAUGCAGCCGCCACUCAUGGUCUUCCUAUGCCCUGUGGUUGUGUGUGUGGCCUGGUUCUGCAGAGCGAGGCGAACAAAUUGUCUGUCAUGUUUAGGGAGUGUGGCGAUGUGCAAGUCCCCCGGGGGCUUCUGCACACACCCCAGGAGUGUGUGUGUGUGUGUGUGUGUGU